AAGCCAUUUUGGCCAUCAGCACGGGCCCGCCUUCCCGCGGCCGACCGCUGCCAAGGGCGGCCGCCGCUCGGGGCCAUGCCCAAGAAGGCGCGGCCCUCGCCGCUGGCGGAGAGCAUCUUCCGGGAGAAGCUCGCGGAGCUGCAGUCGUCCAACGAGGCCACCGAUGUCUCCGCGUUGCCGGUGCACAACACUUUCAUCCAGUUCGGCUCGCCGGCGGCUACCGAGGGCGCGAAGCAGCGCCUCUCGACGGCGCCGGCAUGGAUUGGCACCACCUCCUUCCAGUCCACAGUGAACAAGAUGAUGCAGGAGGCCGCCACCCAGUCCCCGCCGACCUCGGAGGCGCCGGCCCAGCCGUCGCUGCCUGGCACCGCGGACUCGGAGGAGUCGCUGGGCUCGGCGAUGUGGGCUGCGGGGUGGUACGGCUCCCCCAAGAAGGUGCCAGUGCCGCUGCGCUCCGAGAGCGGUACCCUAGGAGGCGGCGCGCCGUCGAAGGGCACGUGUGAGCCCGAGGA